AUGAACGCCUCGGCAAUCGAAAGAGUCCGAACACUUUUUGGAAUUCCGGAUGUGCCCGCGGAUCUCAUCCAAGAAGCUAUCACUGUUGCCGGGGCCAGUCCGAAAUAUCCUGAUGGUUUCAAGAACCUCUCUCAGCUUGGUGUGACCAGCAUCAAUGCUUGUGUUCAGGAAUUAGGAAUCAAAACCUCAUCAACCAGAGAGGUAAUUUCCGAUGUCAUGACCAACUAUAAUACCAUGGAAUAUCGGGCAGUCGUAGCGAGAAGGAAUGGAAUCCAGGACUUGAUCGAAUACGGUAACAAUGGAAGGAAGACCGAAAGGAAUCUCGCUUUUGCAAUAACCGCACUCGUUGCAACUGUCUUUCUGACACAAGAACGAGAUUUUUUUCGAAAAUCUGUGAUCAAAUUAGGAUUCCUCGACGAGGGAAGUGGGCUUCAGCUGCGACAAAAGUAUGAGGCCGUUAUGCGGGAGCGCUCAGUACCGCGUCCUACUAGUCCACCGUCUGUUACUGCAGCUUCUGUUCAAGACAGGACUACAAUGGAUGAGCAAAGCCUACUACCGCCCUUCCGGCAAAGCUCCGAGGCCAGCUUCAGUGAAGACACUCGCUUACCAGCGGCCACAUCUGAGGCAUCGUUGACGAGCGAGUGUAGCAGCUUCGUCCCGUUCAACCUUUCGACCGAAAUUGAUAGCUUGGACAUAGUACAUUGCAGUGCGACCCAAUCAGGGAACAGUCAAGUUAUCACCCAGGCAACUGACCCUGCGCAAUGGAUGGAUUUAUUCGACUCUGAACUUUGUCAGGUCUUUGAGGGCCCUCGGAGCAUGAAUGAAAUGUCUCCUCCAGCAGAAAACUGUGCAUUUUCUCUUCAAGCAACAGCACUCAGAGAGCCGAUAAUUUACCAAGACACAUGCGCGGUGAAUGUCAACGCCGCAAUAGCUUUGGUAGAGGAGCAAAUGAGUACUGCAGCUUUGAGUGGCACGACGCGCAAAAGAAAAAGUGUUAAUGACAAUAACGCCCAAAAACCCAAACGCGCGAACACGGUAAUCACUGCCAGAUGGGUCAGCUCUUUGACAGAAGAGAUGGAAAGAUGCCAGUUGAAAGAUUCCUUCCUUCCGCCGAGCGUCUUUUUCCGAGAAGAAAUCGAGUUGCAGUGUUCCAAGUUGGAUGGUCGAUGGAAUGAGAUGUUAACCUCAAUUUUGGUUCAAAUCGCGGACUCAAAUUCAUUCGCAUGUCUUCGGGAAGCAGUCUGUGCUUCCAAGUCGAUGGGGUCAAACAAUGCCCGAAAGAUUUCUACGGACACGUCCGUGGCCGAUCGACUCCAUAUACUGGAAAAGUUGAAUGGAGAAAAUGUCUACAACUGUUUCUUGGCGCGGUAUCACACUCUGGAGCUUUUCAGAGACUGUGGAGGCAAUGAGGGGACAGAAGACCUGAGAAUUAUCCCUUACGCUGCGGACAAAAUGGUGACUCAUUCCGGCAGGAGGGGCAACCCAACCCGCAUUGCUCUCGCAGAAGUCACGGAUAGGAUGAUGACCAGAGAAUUCCCGUCCCUGGCUUCUAAUACAGUGGAGUAUAAACGGAAAAGGGCGGCAAUGAAACGACACCGAUUGUUAGCAAGCCGUUUCCAGACAUUUGUUGAUGCGUUUGGUCCCGCAAUCCUCUGCUUUAUUCAACCUUUUAACGGUCAAAUUGCUUCAAAUGGAGGAAUUUCCGACAAUAAAAUCCGAGAAAUCAACGAAACCAGCUUGAAAGCCUUUGUUGAUAUCUUAAAUCGGUCUCAGGGUGACUAUUUAAGAGAAGUCUGUCAAGCUGCCGAACCGUUGCUGCAGUACCUAGUCUAUGAAGACUCCACCAUAACUGAAUUUGCCAUUGAGCGUACUGAUGUCGAUAUUCUACAAUUGCCCAAGGGCUCCAAGGGGCUAUUGCGCCUGCUUAAGGGCACAUCAGGGAAUGGUGAAAUUGAUGAAAUCUACUAG